CCAUUGGCCAGGUAUUUGGUCCUCUUCAGGACAUGAGCUCUGGCCGAGCGAAGAGGAGCACAUUAUGCUUUCAGGUUUGUGGAGGCGCUGCUGGGUCAGGUGGUCUUACAUUCUAGACACGUAAAUAACAGAAUCACGUUGGAUUGUUGGAAGAAUCUCCAGUUCUCUGCUGACCUUCGUGACGCAGGCACCUUCACCUGAGACCAAACGUCUUUCUUGUACCUGGAAAAAUAAGAGGAAAGAUGUCCCUGAGCGCUCUCUCCCCGAUCGUCUACCAGCUGCGAGAAGGCCUCAAGAACAUCGGCUUCUUCGGCUGGGAAGGCGUCACGGAAAGGUUCGAAUCUUCGCAAUUCUCGGGGGCCGGUCCGGAGGUCAUUAUGAUCGUGUCAUUAGCUACGAUCACCUUCUUUUUCAUCAUGGACGUCGCCACCAGCGGCAGAAACUUGGCCGUUUCUUCUGCAGAUGUGUGGGAGAAAUUCAGAGGCUUCAUGGCUUUGGAUAACAUCGAACGGGGAAGUCGUUCGCUCCGGCCCAUGGUUGAGGUCCUCGACGCAUUAGCGAUGGCUGCCAGAAAAUGGGGCGAAUAUGAAGAGGAAGAAGAAGCUGUCCAGAACCGAGCUUUCUCCUGAAGAAGGUGACUGUAGUUGGUUUUCACUGAAGAGACUGGGGAUCAUAUAUAAUAAUUCCCUAUCCUUUUUUUUUUACCCAUUACUAUUUAUUUUAACGUCAUGUUAUCCUUGUUUUAGUUCGUGUCCUUUGUGUUGACCAAUACUUGUUUUUUGAUAUGGAAUAUUUAUUAUCUGUUUUAAUAAAAAGCCAUUUUUUAAAACUUUCGUUUCAUACUUCCUUGUCUUUAAUAGAUUAAAAAACGAAU